UCAAAGCAUCAAUAUAUGUUUCUUCAACAAUGGAAAGCCACCAACUUCUCAUAAAUUCUCUCUCUCUCUCUCUGUCCCCUCUAUCAUGUAAACAAACCAAGUGAGAAACGAAGAAGGAAAGAUCUUCAGUGCUUUAAUGGCGCAGCGCGUUUCAGACGAUGAGGUUUCAAAUCAGAUGGCCAAAGUCGAAAACGAAGCUCACCCCUACGCGUUUCAUGUCUCUGGCCCUCGCAAUCUGACCACCCUAAAUUGGAGAGACCUUAUCAAUUCUAGUUGGAAAGAUCCAAAUUACAAAAGAACAGUAAUAGCCUGCUUCAUCCAAGCAGUGUACCUCCUGGAACUAGACAGGCAAGAGAAUCGAUCCCAAUCAAACGCUCUAGCCCCGCACUGGUGGAUCCCCUUCAAGUACAAGCUCACCAAAACUCUAAUCGACGAACGCGACGGAUCCAUUUUCGGCGCAAUCCUCGAAUGGGAUCGAUCCGCCGCCAUGGCCGACUUAGUCCUCCUCAGACCUAGCGGAGCCCCCAAAGCUGUUCUCGCACUCCGAGGAACUAUCCUCAAGGGCCCCACCAUCCGCAGAGACAUCGUAGACGAUCUCCGAUUUCUCGCCUGGGAAAGCCUCAAAGGGUCCGUGAGGUUUAGCUCAGCCUUGGAAGCUCUCAGAUCUGCUUGCGAUGAGUAUGGUAGUAGCAACGUGUGUGUUGCAGGUCAUUCUCUCGGUGCAGGUUUUGCUCUUCAGGUCGGAAAGGCUUUGGCCAAAGAAGGGAUUUACGUGGACACGCAUUUGUUCAAUCCACCUUCAGUUUCAAUCGCCAUGAGCUUCAGAAACAUUGGAGAAAAAGCUGAUUCGCUCUGGAAGAAGGUGAAGAAAUCUUUCGUCUCUAACUCAGACCCCGAGGACGAUCAGAUUCCUCCAAAUGUCACUCCCGGAUCCGGGUCGGGUAAUUGGAUGACCCGGCUCACAAGUUGGAAGGAUUCUGGUCGCUGGGUUCCACAUUUGUACGUGAAUAACAGUGAUUAUAUUUGUUGCUCUUAUACCGACCCGGAUCAUGGUGGCGAUGAUGGCAGAGCCAGAGAAGGAGAUGCCGACAAAGAGAAUGUGAGGCCGUCUAGUGGCGGCAGCGGCGGUCAAACUGCAGCGAAAUUGUUUGUGGUGACAAAGGAGAAGCAGAGGUUUCUUGAGGCUCACGGGUUGGAACAGUGGUGGUCCAGUGACGCGGAGCUCCAACUAGCUAUACAUAAUAGUAAGUUGAUAACAAGGCAACUUAAGUCUUUGUAUAAUGUGGCUUCUUCACAAAUAAUACAAGGAAAAGGGAACCUCAAGUGAGAGUGUUAUUAUUGUAGAUAUUUUAUUUGAUUUUUUUGGAUAUUUUUUAAAAUUUUCUUGUUUGUGAAAUAACACGCUUGUAUACACACAUGUUGUAUUUUCACUAUUUUUGUUCUUGUUUGAUCAAUUGGUUUUGCUGUGCUGCA